GCAGAAGAACGCCGCGGCUGUCAGGUUUCGUGCGCUGCCCACGCGAUCCGUCCUCCUAGCUGACUUGCUGCCGGUCUGCCGCACUAUGGAUGCCCCGAAGCAGGUGGUCAACUUCGGGCCCGGGCCCGCCAAGCUGCCGCACUCGGUGCUGUUGGAGAUACAAAAAGAAUUAUUAGACUACAGAGGAGUUGGGAUCAGUGUUCUUGAAAUGAGCCACAGAUCAUCAGAUUUUGCUAAGAUUAUUAACACCACAGAGAAUCUUGUGCGGGAAUUAUUAGCCGUUCCAGACAACUACAAGGUGAUUUUUGUGCAAGGAGGUGGGUCUGGCCAGUUCAGUGCCGUCCCCUUAAACCUGAUUGGCCUGAAAGCGGGAAGGUGUGCUGACUAUGUGGUGACAGGAGCUUGGUCGGCUAAGGCUGCAGAAGAAGCCAAGAAGUUUGGGACUGUAAAUAUCGUCCACCCCAAACUUGGGAGCUAUACGAAAAUUCCAGAUCCAAGCACCUGGAACCUCAACCUGGAUGCGUCUUAUGUAUAUUACUGUGCAAACGAGACUGUGCAUGGAGUGGAGUUCGAUUUUAUACCUGAUGUCAAAGGAGCAGUGUUGGUUUGUGACAUGUCCUCAAACUUCCUAUCCAAGCCAGUGGAUGUUUCCAAGUUUGGUGUGAUUUUUGCUGGUGCUCAGAAGAACGCAGGCUCUGCUGGGGUCACAGUGGUGAUCAUUCGUGAUGACCUGCUGGGGUUCGCUCUCCGGGAAUGCCCCUCCAUCUUGGAAUACAAAGUGCAAGCUGGAAACAACUCCUUGUACAACACGCCGCCGUGCUUCAGCAUCUAUGUCAUGGGCGUGGUCCUGGAGUGGGUUAAGAACAAUGGCGGUGCAACAGCCAUGGAGAAGCUUAACUCCAUCAAAUCUCAAAUGAUUUAUGAUGUCAUUGAUAACUCUCAAGGAUUCUAUGUAUGUCCUGUGGAGCCCCAGAGUAGAAGCAAGAUGAAUAUUCCAUUCCGCAUUGGCAAUGCCAAAGGAGACGAUGCUCUAGAAAAAAGAUUUGUCGAUAAAGCUCUUGAACUCAACAUGAUUUCCUUGAAAGGGCACAGGUCUGUGGGAGGCAUCCGCGCCUCUCUGUAUAAUGCCGUCACCAUUGAAGAUGCUCAGAAGCUGGCAGACUUCAUGAAAAAUUUUUUGGAGAUGCAUCAGCUGUGAACACAUCCUAACCAACGUAUACUCUGUCGUUGAACAACGUACGAAAUUUAAAAUGACGAAGGAAUGACUACCAAAAUUUAACACAGUGUUUUUCUCGAAUGAACACGCUUAAUAUAGAUUUUUCCUUUCUCAAAACACAACAGCAAAACAUCAAGAGCUCUGAAGAGCUGAUGGGACUUAACGGCCACUUUAACUCUGACUUGAACUGGAAGCAUUGUUUUAAAUCUUCUGUUGUUUUUCUAACUAAUUCAAGCUUAUUUUGUCUUUGCUGCUACUUUUUCUAGCUAGAUCUCAGUAUUCAAACUUGCCUGUGGACUGAAUUCUGCAAAUUGCAGUUAAUUGUUUCUGGAGACACACAGACUCACAGUAUGGAGGGUGAGUGGGACCCCCUAGGUGCUGAAUCUAGAUCUUUUCCAAAAUGACACCAGUGGGAUCUCCUGGGUUCAGCAGUUAGUAAGACUGACCAUUUGGUGAACAUUUGGGACUUCUAGGCAAAGAGAAAACUAUAGGUGUUUCUUUAUACUGUUACUCUUAUAAAGAGAUAAAAGUGGCAUACUGUACUUUAUAUAGUAAAGCCUGUUUUUAAUACCAUAGAGUUUCUAUCUCUAUGCAUUUAUAUUUCUAGUAAUGUGGUUCUCGGUGAUAUGGAGAAACUUUUAGAAUUUGUUCGAAUCCUUGACCUUGUGCAUUAUAACAUUACAUUAGCAACAGUUGUGCCCCUUUUACAAGCUGCUUCAAAAGUGCUGUUCUAUUACUCUCUUUUCAUUAGCUAGAAGAGAGGGUUUUUCGGUUGGUGUGCUGUUUGUUUUUUAGUAAUGCCUUCAAACUAAAAAUCUCUGUUAAACUCCCUUCUCCUUUGUUCACUUGACUGUUUUCUUUAUUGUGUUUGACCAGAGUGAUACUGUGAUUUCCAGAAGAAUCUCUGCUCAAGAGUCUCUUCCCCUCUUGUUUAUCCAUUGUCAGUAAUUUAUGUUGAACGUCUGAAGAACAUUAAAGUACUAAAA